AUACGGUCGAUAGAAGCAAGCCACGUCGCGCAACCCACGGUGGUUGCAGUAAAAUGCAGUGACGAACGCGCCAUCGACGCGUGGCCACGCGAGGAAUCAUCCCCCCGUGAAUGACCCGCUUUUCUUUCCCUCUCGCGCGAGAAGAUUCGUUCAUUCCGCUCGUAAAUGUCGACGAAACCGCGACCACGUGAACGAAAUGUCAUUGUGAAUUUCGGAGCACUCUUGAAAAUUCGCGCAUACGUCGAGUAAAAUCUUAACGCGUGUGUUGGUGCGAAAUUAUAUUCUGAUUCUCGCAAAAAACAGCUGUUUGACAUCAAAAGUUUCGCAGAGGUCUUCGACAAUCGUCGGCUCUUGCAAAAAACUCUGAUAAUUUUUUUGAGACUUCGUUUAUCAUCGACCUCAUAUGCAUAACAGCUGUUCGGAGAUUUUUUGAAUUUCUGAAGGUGAUUUUGUUUGAGACAAAGAUUUAUACAGAAUCAUUAACAAGCUCGCAGAUAAUCAUCCGCGAAAUCGGACCGAUUCAUCGCGAUCACGUGAAUCGUAUUUUUAUUUUUUAUUUUUUUACGUUUCUGCAAGUCUCGACAGUCGAAAAAUUACGGCCGGAGAGAGUUUGCACAGAUUGUCUCCAUCGAUCACUCUCUCUCGUCAGAAUUUCCCGACGUAAAGAGUCGCGACACUAGCUACCGAUCUGAGAGAGACCGGCGCAAAAGGAGGCAAAAAAAAUUAUCAAAAAAGUACAGGAAGGCGGAUUGCAAACAAACACGCUUGAACGAACAUCAGCCAACUAUAAAACCGCGAGCAAACAGAACUGAAGCGUCACCAUCGCCGUGACAUUGGACGUUGCUGCAAAAACUGUUUACGUGUCAAGUCGAUACCACGACAAAGAUACUCUCUGUCGAAUUCACGCGGCGAGCACUUAUCCGACUCGUGCCACGUGUGAAUCGAAGAUUAAAGAGGAACAUGUCUCCUCACGGUCUCACAUUUUUUGACUAUUGUACAAAUUUAUUGUGACGUAUCAGUUGAAACUCGAAAGACAAUGCUGUUUAUUUCUAAACCUCUCCAUCAGAAAGAUAUCGCAAAAUUAUCUUCGAGUCGACGCGAAGAGGAACGAGCGUUGACGCAUGAAGAGACUGCAGUUUGAAAGUCGGAGGAUCAAGGCGGACGAAGUAGAGGGUUGUAAACUAUCGAUUGACCCGUGUAUCUUGAAGAGGAUGCUCUCUUUGGUAUCGUGAGGAAAGCGGAGUUCACGUCGCAGUCACGUGCGAAGAAGACGAGUAGAGCGAAGGAGAGAGAGAGAGUCGAAGUGCGCGAGGGAGGAAGAAAGACCGACCUUCACACACAGGCGGAGCAGGCGACGCCACGACGUCGUCGUCAUGGAAAAUCGAUUCGCCGCCGACCAUCAUCACCACCCCGCUACAACCACCCGUCGCGGUGCAAUGACCUCCAAACCGGGAAAAUCCUAUAGCGUGAGGUCUCCGCGAAUCGGAGGGCCUCUUUCGCAAUCGCUAGCUAUGAUCCCGCCUACCAUGCACGGGCACGAGUUCAACCAGCCCCUGUCGAGGGUGGUCAUGGUCCGUAAAACGGAUCAAAGGACUUUCAGCAAGGGAAGACGGGGUGGCGAGCCUCUCCUGGAAACCGUUACCAGGGAAACCGUCGAACUCUUCAACGGCGGCCGAGCCGAGAGAAAAUAUACCUCCGAAACCAGAGACAUCGUUACACCCAAGUCGAACAGGUCGAGGCCAGACUCGGUAAGGUCGAAGUCCCCGUUGACGGCGUCGCCGGCGUCACCGGGUCCGUUGUCGAAUUCUUUGCACGGCAGUUUCCACGGCAGUCUAGGAAGCGACGGCAUGUCCUGCAGCAGCGCCAGAUCCUCCUCGGCGUCUCCCGAUUCCGCAAGAUACUCGUCCGCACAGAUAACAAAGUCUGACACGCGUAAACCGUCUGUGCGCAGAUCGGGGCCUCCGAAGGAAUUCAUCAACGUCUGCCUCGACACGCACAAUUUCUACCGAUCGCGGCAUGGAGCACCGCCAUUACGACUCAGCAAGCAGCUAUGCAAAACAAGUCAAGACUGGGCAAACAUACUGGCGGCUAGGGGUAGGUUAGAACACAGAGCGAAUAUCGAUUAUGGAGAGAAUCUCUAUUGCAUGUGGAGCUCCAAUCCAAAGACCGUCGUCGGUGGUGAAGAGCCGGUGAACGAAUGGUACGCAGAAGAGGCUCAACACCAGUACGGAAAGGAGCCCACAACGCUGAAGACUGGUCACUUCACGCAAGUGAUCUGGAGAGACAGUACCGAAUUGGGGGUGGGAAUGGCCAGGAACCGGAACGGCGAGGUAUACGUCGUGUGUAACUACAAUCCCGCCGGGAACUUCCUGGGCAGUUUCACGGAGAACGUGCUUCCACCCGUGGAUGCUAGUCCUACGAAACGAAUUACCUUUACUGACCUGAAACAACAGAACGCGUUAGACGAGCAAGCGUGGCAGCAGGAGGCAUUAUUGGUUCACAACGAAUACAGGAGAAAACAUCGAGUGCCCGACUUGAGGUUGAGUCCGGAAUUGACAGCUGCUGCCAAGGCUUGGGCGAAUACAUUACUAAAUACAAACAAACUGUUACCUCAGUCGUCGUCUCCGUACGGCGAAAAUAUUUAUUCGAUGCAAUGUUCCGAUCCGAAAUUGAUCGUCUCUGCGAGAGAAGUCAUUUCGAAGUGGUAUUCCGAGAAGAAGGAGCACAAAUUCGGCGUCGAGCCGAAAGUGCUCAACACAUGCCACUUCACUCAAAUUGUCUGGAAAAACACGACCGAGAUGGGUAUUGCUAUGGCAAAGCGAAACGGCACGUGCGUUAUAGUGGCAUGUUACCAUCCGAGGGGUAACAUAGUCGGCCAGUUCACCGAGAAUGUACUAAAACCUGUGAAAAAUCCCUGUUAACGCUUGAUUAAGUAAUUUCUGUCAAUAAUGUAUUUAUCAAAUCGUGUAUUUAUAUAUCGUGCGUAUAUACCAUGACGCAAAUUACGCGAAAUAUAUAUAUGAUGUAAAUAUGAUGAUGAUACUUGUGCAUAGAGACGUAGAAUAAAACACAUUCCAUAUAUA